GUGUUAAAAAGUCUCCCAAUCAACACUGUGACAAAUUUUUGACAAGCGAAAGUCGAAAUUGACAAGACGCUUUACCUCCCACGAAUUGAACCAAUCAACGCAAACCAAUAGUCCCACGUGUAGCAGAUGUUGCUAAUGAGUGGUGCAUUAUGGCCUGACUUGAGGUCAAAACCAAAUGACGUUUAUUCCGGCUUUCACUUGAAGCAAACCUAGAACGAUCUAGAGGUGUUUAGAACCUCGAACACUCUUCGAACACGGCGCACUUACAGAGUAGUAGCUAACGGCUCGCGGAGCAAUCAGUCCAUAUGCCGAGCUCACUUCUUGUCGAAAUGGACCGUUCUACAAACGGGCAAUUGGAGGCAGAUCAAAGAGCUCUGCAAAUCGCGCUCGAGCUCUCCAUGCUCGGUCUGACAAAUGACGACGAUCAAACUUCGACUGCGUUUGACGAUAUCCGCAAUAAGAAAAGUAUGAACAUGACAGAAUGCGUUCCUGUUCCGAGUUCUGAGCAUGUAGCUGAGAUAGUAGGAAGACAGGGUAAGGUUUAACGUCUUUGUCUAGGUUAAAAUCAAAUUAGCAGGCUGGCUUGUGGAAACCGCGUGUAUUUGACGUGUUUUGUGCUUCUUUCCAUUUUUCAGGCUGCAAAAUCAAGGCUUUGCGUGCGAAGACGAAUACGUACAUCAAAACACCUGUACGGGGUGAAGAUCCAGUUUUUGUAGUAACGGGGAGAAAAGAAGACGUGGCUUUGGCUAAAAGGGAAAUCAUUUCUGCAGCAGAGCACUUUUCUCAAAUUCGAGCUCAGCGCAAGAACAACAGCUUGAAUUCACUUGCUCCAGGACCACCAAGCCCUACAACACCAGGUCAAACGACUAUACACGUUCGAGUGCCUUAUAGAGUUGUGGGUCUUGUUGUGGGACCAAAAGGAGCCACGAUUAAACGAAUCCAGCAACAAACCAACACGUACAUCGUAACUCCGUCUCGCGACAAAGAACCUGUCUUUGAAGUUACGGGAAUGCCUGACAACGUUGAAAGUGCGCGAAAGGAAAUCAACAAUCACAUAACUACACGGACCGGUGGACGAAUGGAUACUGCCGAUGAUGUGUUUAUCAGUGAUGGUCUGCAAAGCUCAUUCAACGAUUUUGCACCUGGUUCCAUAUAUUCCAGCAUGUCAUCGAGUUUCUCUGCGUUUAGAGAUAGCAACAGCUCGCUAAGCUUAACGCAGCGCACAGGAUCUGAUUCAUUCUACGGCUACCCAAGUAGCAAGAGUUCCAGUAUUAAUGAUGGCGGAUUUAAUCCUAUAAACAGCCCGUUUUCAGCGAAUGGAUUCUUCUUCAACGAUCUUCCCUCUCCGACGGAUCGCGAUGUUGGAUCAGAAGGGAGCUCGACUGGUUCAGGAUUUGAUCCAGCGCCCGCACCGCCAUCGCCUUCUAUUUGGGGAAACGUACCAUCCACACGAUCGAUGAACGAGCAAGCUCCGUUUACUCGCAGCUCUAGUUUAAAUAGCCAAGCUAUGAGCUCAGCAAUUGGACGGCCAGUAAGUCCACAUUCAACAGCAAGGCGAAUGAAGAGCGAACCAUUGUCUGGAACCUUUUCUCCGCUUUCUGCAUUCACUCCUUUUACAACCCAAACUACGUCAACUGCAUCCACUAUUCCAGCCACGACUUCUAAUGGAACGCUUGUAAGCACGAGCGAUUCAAACGGGGUGAGUACGAUUGGAUUUAGCGCCGAAGAAGCAAAUAAUAACAACACUACAUUAGGUCCGCUCGGUAAAGAUAUGAAAAAGAAGGAUUGCGUCAUUUGUUGCGAGAGUGAAGUUGUGGCAGCUCUCGUUCCGUGUGGCCACAACUUGUUUUGCAUGGAGUGUGCAAAUCGCAUCAAAGAGGAAAAUAAUUCUUGUCCAGUAUGCCAAAAGAAUAUCGACCAAGUCCUUCGUAUAUUUUCUUAGGAACUGAACUUCUCCGAGCGAUAGAACUAUUUAGCUUGAACUUUUCAUGACAGAGUUCAGUGAAUUUAAAACUACCGAAUUGAAAUGACAUGCAAUGCUAUAAACAUUUUGAAGUAAUCUAUGGAGUGUAUUUGAAUAUUAAUUCAGAGAGAGUUUGUCUCUAUGUAUAUUUAGUUGAAAUUUUGAAGAAUUCUUUUAUUCUAUACUUUUGUUAAGUGAUAACGUUAUGUAAAGCUAGAUUUUUUGCUAAUUUAAGAUUAGAUCAUACGAGAGACUUAAGUUAUGUAAAGAUACCACAUUGCUGGGUUUAAAAUUAUCUAAAGAAAUGAAACAUGCUUAGUCGUGUUUGAACCAACAUACUUAAAUCCUAUAUUCAAAAAUUAGUUUCUAAGUUUAUAGACGGUCAAAACGAAAUUAUCUGAAAUCAGUAAUUGAAAGUACGUGCUAUAUAUGCUACAGAAUAGGGGUUAGAUUCCUUAGCCCAGCACAAACUUAUAGGUAUAUUUAAGUGAACUAUUUUAUGUCAUAUCGAAAACUUUUUUGAUACAGUCUUCUAAGGAAUUCUAUGCCCUAAAAUUAUAUGAUAUUUGUAUAAAUAGUCAUAAUUUCUAUAUAAUAUUGUGUUGCACCAUAGUUCUAUUUACUAUUUUAAUAUUACUAAGAGAAGUUAACCAGGAUUAUAGUUGUUCUGUAUAUUUAGCGGCAAAUGCUCACAGAAAAUCUUGGUCAAGAAUUGAGAGUUUAAAGUAUUUUUAUUUUAUGGCACUCUACAUAAUACUAUAUGGAAUUAUACAGAGAUAAAGUGUAAAUUUUAUUUUUUGCUAUUAAAAUCGAGUCUAUAAUCUUUUCUUGGAUAAAUUGAGCUCUAGUAGUCCGCAGAUUCGAAAUAUGUAGGAAAUAGUGUGAUAGAGGAAGUACUACUGUUAUUUAUGUAUUGGUAGGAAACUCAAGAGAUUUUUUGCAUCGUCACGUAGUUGUAUUAGAUUUGUUUUAAUAAAAAUGGAAUGACAAGUUUUAGCAGAACAAAUUUAUCAUUUAUUGUUUAUAUACUUUAAACUUUGCAUAAGCAGGCGAGAUAAUGCGCCAACAUAGUUAACCAGGGUGAUACAAAUUUUUUUGAAGCUAACGCAUAAAGUAUUCGAAAUAUAAUAAAUAUAAGUGAG